AUGGAUGAAAAGUGUGAAGAACUGUCAAAGGUAAAGUGGCAGAAGCUGCAGUAUAAUAAAGAACAGAAUUAUUCAAGACAACUUAAUUCAUCUUCAGAGGUCUCCAACAGCCAAUGGCAUUCUCUGAGGAUUAAAAAUACUACAAACUACGACAGUGGGACAUAUAAGUGCAUCUUGGAAGCAUCAGAUAGAAAGUACAACGAAAGUAACACUAUUACAUUAAUAGUAAAAGGCUGUCUAGAGGAAUUAGAAGACGCAAAAUUUAAAAAGCACAGAGCAGAGCUUGUGUUGUUGUGCUCACUUGGACUUUUCUACUUGCUGCUCAUUGCUUUUACCUGC